UGGCAAGGAGGAAGGGCUUGAUAUUAACUUUGUUGAGAAUUUGAUGGUGCAGCGAGUAACGGAGACUUGCUCUCAUCAAUGGAGGUUCGUCUGAUGGGCGUGUGCCCUUUUUUAAUGGACGGUUAAGAUUCAAUGAUAAUGUACGGCUGUGAUGCUUUUUGAAUAAUUAAACGAUGCGCAUCGUUGUCCUGCUAGCAAUUCCUCAGGCUUGGAGGAACCAAUCGCUAUUUUCCAUCGUCUAGUCAGGCGAAGAGAGUGCGCAGGAAACAGAAGUAUCUCUUUGUUCUUCUUUUUCUGACCUUCUUUUGUGUAUGUCCCACUACUCCUUUCAUCAAUUCAUGGUCAAUACUGUGGAGGUCGAGGAUAACUUGUAAGCUCUCAUUAAUCUCCGUGAUAUGCCUCUUCAGACACUUGCAAGGACUUUCUGGUGAUAGGUUUUUGCAAUGGGCUGGAGUAGCCAAGAUGAUAAAAUUUUCAUGAAGGAUGCAAAGCAUUGCGAAGUAUCAAGAUAUGAUACUUACUUUCAUAGGAAAUGGGAUUAUCCUCCAAAUUCAAUUAGAGUCUGUAAAUCAAGAAUCCAACCAUGCAAACAGCUUCAUAUAGUCAUCCUUUAUUCUAUAUUGCUUGCAGAAACUUCAUCUCAAAUGUGAAGUCUAGUUCAGUGAGCUUUCAUGCAUCAAAUCACUCUCAACUUGUUCCCAACUGUGCAUUCAAUAAGGGACUCCCGAAGAAAAUUUUUUCCAUCCCCUUGAAACAAAGCAGGCUAUUAGUGCUUCCGAACACAGGUGAUGGCCAUCCAUCUGCUUCUGCAGCAGACAGUGAAAUAAACACCAACCAUGCUCCUAACGGAAGAUCAGAAACAAUCCUCAGCAAUUGGUCUCCUCCAAGGUACCUGUGGAGGGGAUUAUCAGUUCCUAUCGUUGCUGGACAGGUAAUCAUGAAGAUUCUGAAGGGAAAGAUUCAUUGGAGGAAUACGCUUCAACAAUUGGAGAGGGUUGGUCCAAAAUCAGUUGGGGUCUGUCUUUUAACUGCUGCCUUUGUUGGCAUGGCCUUUGCAGUACAAUUUGUAAGAGAAUUCACUAGGUUAGGAUUAAACAGAUCAGUUGGUGGGGUUUUAGCUCUGGCUUUCUCAAGGGAGCUCAGUCCAGUAAUUACAUCAAUCGUGGUUGCCGGGAGGAUUGGAAGUGCAUUUGCAGCAGAAUUAGGAACUAUGCAGGUUUCUGAACAAACUGACACAUUGAGAGUUCUUGGUUCUGACCCUGUCGAUUACCUAAUAACCCCAAGAGUGGUUGCCACGUGUAUUGCCCUACCUCUUUUGACUCUACUAUGCUUUACAUUAGGAAUGGCAUCUAGUUGCCUCCUUGCUGAAGGUGUUUAUGGUGUGAGCAUUAACAUUAUCAUGGAUUCCGCUCGGCGAGCUCUCAGAUCAUGGGAUAUCAUUAGCGCAAUGAUCAAGUCACAAGUUUUUGGUGCUAUCAUAUCUAUAGUGAGCUGUGCAUGGGGGGUCACCACUUUAGGCGGUGCUAAAGGUGUUGGAGAAUCAACAACAUCAGCUGUGGUUAUCUCUCUUGUUGGUAUAUUUAUUGCUGAUUUUGCUCUUUCUUGUUUCUUCUUCCAAGGGGUAGGAGAUCAGCUAAAGAAUUGCAUAUGAAUUGCUAUUGCUUCUGCAGCUUUGCAUUUUUAUUUUGUUUUUGUUCUGAUGAAACUUUGCUCAUUUAUACAAAGUGAAUAUUCUAUUUAAUUCAUCUGCUAUCCUGUAUUGGUUCUUGUCUUC